GGGCCGGAAGUAGCCGAAGCCAGCGGCGGAAGUAGCCGGAGCGGGCGGGCGGCAAGGCGAGGCGAGAGCUGCACAGGGCCCUACGCGGCCGCCUAAGCAUGUCCGACUUCGACGAGUUCGAGCGGCAGCUCAACGAGAAUAAACAAGCCUCUAGCCCUGCCCCUCUCAGGGACGACCCUGGGGUCAGGCCCCUCAGCCCUCGAGGGGGACCAGGAGCCAGCUUCCUCUGUCUUCUCUGGCUCCUCAGCUCCUCUUGAGCAUCUUCAGAACGGGACAAGGAGAACCGGCACCGGAAGCGUAGCCACAGCCGCUCUCGAAGCCGGGACCGCAAACGCAGGAGCCGGAGCCGAGAUCGGCGUAACCGGGACCAGCGCAGUGCCUCUCGGGACAGGAGACGACGAAGCAAACCUUUGACCAGAGGCGCUAAAGAGGAGCACGGUGGAUUGAUUCGGUCUCCCCGACAUGAGAAGAAGAAGAAGGUGCGUAAAUACUGGGACGUGCCACCACCUGGCUUUGAGCACAUCACCCCAAUGCAGUACAAGGCCAUGCAAGCUGCGGGUCAGAUUCCAGCCACUGCCCUUCUCCCCACCAUGACUCCCGAUGGUCUGGCUGUGACCCCAACACCUGUACCCGUGGUUGGGAGCCAGAUGACUAGACAGGCCAGACGUCUCUACGUGGGCAAUAUCCCUUUUGGCAUCACUGAGGAGGCUAUGAUGGACUUCUUCAACGCCCAGAUGCGCUUGGGGGGCUUGACUCAGGCCCCUGGCAACCCAGUCUUGGCUGUGCAGAUCAACCAAGACAAGAACUUUGCCUUUUUGGAGUUCCGGUCAGUGGAUGAGACAACCCAGGCCAUGGCCUUUGAUGGCAUCAUCUUCCAGGGUCAGUCGUUGAAGAUUCGAAGGCCUCACGACUACCAGCCGCUGCCUGGCAUGUCAGAGAACCCCUCUGUUUAUGUGCCUGGAGUUGUAUCCACUGUAGUACCAGAUUCUGCCCACAAACUGUUCAUCGGGGGCUUGCCCAACUACCUGAAUGACGAUCAGGUGAAGGAGCUGCUGACAUCUUUUGGGCCUCUCAAGGCCUUCAAUUUGGUCAAGGAUAGUGCCACAGGGCUCUCCAAGGGCUAUGCCUUCUGUGAGUACGUGGACAUCAACGUUACAGACCAGGCCAUUGCGGGGCUGAAUGGGAUGCAGCUAGGGGACAAGAAGCUGCUUGUCCAGAGGGCGAGUGUGGGAGCCAAGAAUGCCACGCUGGUGAGCCUCCCGAGCACCAUCAAUCAGACGCCCGUGACCCUUCAAGUGCCUGGCCUGAUGAGCUCUCAGGUGCAGAUGGGCGGUCACCCAACUGAGGUCCUGUGCCUCAUGAACAUGGUGCUGCCCGAGGAGCUGCUGGACGACGAGGAGUAUGAGGAGAUUGUAGAGGACGUGCGAGACGAGUGCAGCAAGUACGGGCUGGUCAAGUCCAUUGAAAUUCCCCGGCCCGUGGACGGCGUCGAGGUGCCUGGCUGCGGAAAGAUCUUUGUCGAGUUCACCUCUGUGUUUGACUGCCAGAAAGCCAUGCAGGGUCUAACGGGCCGCAAGUUCGCCAACAGAGUGGUGGUCACGAAAUACUGUGACCCCGACUCUUACCACCGUCGGGACUUCUGGUAGAGGUGGCUGGGGGAGGGUGGGGACAGGGCUGGCUGGGGACUUUCCCCUCACCUGUUCCCCCCUCCUUUCUCCCCUCUCUGAAGAUGAUGGGCAGAGGAGUGACAGCCGAAUGACAGCCGGCAGCAACUGGAAUGGCAGCAAUUAAGGGGGUGGGGGGUGGGGGGCUAGGGCAGGAAGGGGACUGGGCAAGUGCACACAGGCCCACACAGACACAUUGACCCACACAGACACAGAGGGAAGGGGCCGGGAUGAGGACUGUGCACAGCAGGGCGGGUAGGACCCCCACAGCCCCUUCCCAAACAGGCUCCUCUCACCCCUUAACACCCCUCUCCUCCUCCUUUCCCCCAUGGUAGGAACAUAGCGUGUUUAUAUUUUAUGGCCAAACUAUUUUGAAUUUUGUUGUCUGGCCCUCAGUGCCCGGCCCUCUCCUUUUGCAGGACCACAACUCCCGUCCUCUGGCUUCUGGUCCUUCCUGUUCUCCACCCUGGUUUCUUAAGUAGUUGGUUCUUCUUAGUCUUUUCCUGACCCUCAGCCCGUGGUCUCUGUCCCGCUCCUCCUCUCUGUGGCAGUUUCAUAUUUGCUAAUACGAAUUUGCUCAUUAAACAAUUUGUUGUAUUUUA